AUGGAUUGGACCUGCAAAUAUAGGUCAGAUUCGUAUAGAUGGAUUAGACCUGCAAAGAUAGUAUGGCUCACUGCAUGCCUACCUUCUACAGUAUGGCUCACUGCAUGCCUACCUUCUACAGUAUGGCUCACUACAUGCCUACCUUCUACAGUAUGGCUCACUACAUGCCUACCUUCUACAGUAUGGCUCACUGCAUGCCUACCUUCUACAGUAUGGCUCACUACAUGCCUACCUUCUACAGUAUGGCUCACUACAUGCCUACCUUCUACAGUAUGGCUCACUGCAUGCCUACCUUCUACAGUAUGGCUCACUGCAUGCCUACUUUCGACAUUAUGGCUCACUACAUGCCUACCUUCUACAGUAUGGCUCACUACAUGCUUACCUUCUACAGUAUGGCUCACUACAUGCCUACCUUCUACGGUAUAG